UAAAGAAAUGAGCGGUUAUCGUGAACGUAAAAUCAGCGUUAAUGUCAUAAAAAUUUAAGGUUAGAUACGCGUCAUAAAUUACAUAUUGUAUUUUUUUAGUAUGUUACUUCGUUUAUAUAAAAGUGUUAUCAAAAGUAAAUCAACGAAAGCAGAAAGAAUCCACACGCAGGUACCUCAAGGACACUCUUCUUCAACAUUUUAACAGUGUGCAUCGCUCAGUGUAUACAUUACAUACAUCCUCCUAAAAUCUACGUGAUAUGUUUCUAUUUUGGUUACCGCAAAAUAUAUAAACAUGGCAGAUCGAGAUUAUGAUAUGGGUUCAGCUACAGAAAUGAUGGUAAAUGAUUUUGAUGAUGAACGGACUUUAGACGAAGAAGAAGCUUUAGAAGGUAGUGAAGAUUCUCACAACGAGUUGUCCAACUUACAAAAGGAAGGUGAUAUGCCACUAAAAGACCUACUUGCGAUGUAUGGAUACGGGGAUCCGUCAACCGAAAAUUCAAACAGUUCAGACCGAAUGUUAAUCGCAUCUGGAAGCGGUGAUCCAGAAAUUGAAGGACAAUAUUCAGAUAAGGGGGAUAAUGACGCCGAUGAUGAUGAAGAUGAUGAUGAAGCAGAUGCAACUAGUAACGAGCCAGAUCUCAAGCAAUUUUAUACAGAAAUGUUGGUAAAAGGGAAAGAUUCUACAUCGUUGGUGCCAGGGUCAACAAUGAAAGGAAGCAAUGUCAGUAGUGUAGGUACUGGAGACAGUAGCAGACGACACAGAAUCCAUGAUGAUGAUGAAGAUGAUGAAGAAGGUGAAGGUGAAGAAUGUUCUAUGAUCGAUGGUUGUAGUAACAAUGAUAAUACAAGGACAACUUCAACAAUGGGUGGCUCUAGUACCACUAAGUGUAGUGGUAUAACCGCACUUACUAGCUGUACAACAAACGAUAAUACGGGUCGUGGAGUAGAAGGUAGUGUUAGCAGUGGUAUGGUAGAUGGAGGAGAAGAUGGAAUAGUUAGCGGUGGUAUAGGUAGCGGUACAUCUAGAUUACUUCGAAGCGUUUCACGACCACAAAGCGAAGAAGAAGAAGAUGAUUGUGAUUAUAGUCCAGAUGAAGAAGAAUGGAAAAAGACAAUCAUGGUUGGUAUUAAUUACCAAGCGGCUAUACCGGAAGGUCUUUGUCAUUAUGAUGAUGCUUUACCUUACGAAAAUGAGGACAAAAUGUUAUGGGACCCCAGUCAUAUACCCGAAGAGGAAACUGAAGAGUUCUUAGAACGGGCGCAACUACCAGCUGUAAAAGGUGGUUCUUUGCCUACAGGAUCUCAUAUAAGAGAUGAUGAGCAGGCUUUAUAUCUAUUAUUGCAAUGUGGCUACAAUCUUGAAGAGGCAUUAAGAAGACGAAGAAUGAAUGUCGUACCGCCAACGGAUGCAGUCAGCCUUUGGUCGGAAGAAGAGUGUCAUAAUUUUGAAUCUGGACUACGAAGUUAUGGAAAAGAUUUCCAUCUUAUACAGAAGAACAAGGUUAGAACGCGAUCUGUUGGCGAAUUGGUGCAAUUUUAUUACCUUUGGAAGAAAACGGAACGGCACGAUAUAUUUACAUACAAGGCUCGUUUAGAAAAGAAGAAGUAUGCUUUACAUCCUGGUAUCACCAGGGACUAUAUGGACCGAUUUCUGGAAGAACAAGAGGGUGUUCGCGAUCGUAGCAGCUCACCGAAUGUUCAUUGCUUAUUAUAUGGUGACGCUAAACGGCAAAGGUCAACCGUUAGUGCCCCAAAUAAUGAUGAAGCAAAAUCAGCGGAACCGUGGGAUGGUAUUGCAGUUGAUCCCUUAGCAGAUUUGAAUGGACCAACGCCAGCACCACCGCCACCCCCACCUCCACCUCCACCACCACCAGUACCAACCGCUGUGACUGUAUCACCUUCAGGUUCUGUUUCAACUACAUUGACAACAUCUAUAUAUUGUACCACAUCAACUCGUCAUUCCGAUUGUUCACCGUCCGACUCUAGCUACACUAAUCCACAUAUGUGGUCAAAUAUGACAUCUCGAAGUCACUCUACCUCUUGUAUCGUAACAACGAUUACAAUAAAUACGACAACAACUAGUACUGUUCCGAUAGUUACGGCUGUUGGAAUCACAAGCACAGUUACAAGCAGUUCUACCGUCACUUCUGCCGCCUCUAACAAUUUUUAUCAUUCACGAGUGACAUCGAGGAGCAUAGAUGUACACGAUUCACCGUCACCAGAGAACAUUUUACCUCAUUUACCCCCUUAGCGUCAAACACGACUUUCAGGUUUUCAGCCUGGAAGACAUCAAAUGUCUUGGCGUGAUGUGAUUUAUUUAGCACUCGCGUUAAUAUUAUCGUCGUAAUAUGUAAUAUUCGUUAAUAUCACGAAUUAUAUUUUUAUACUGUAUCGUAAUAUAACUAUCGAUCGCUA